CGGCUGCCGCAGUGGGGGGCGCGGGACGGCGGCACGGCAGUCGACUGCGGCCAGCCCGCGGAGCAACAUGUCAGGCUCUGCGUUCCACUUCGCCGUCACGCUACUCGCCGCACUCGUCGCGCUCGCCGCGUGUGUGGAAGAGGACUGUGAGGACUGGGAGGGUAAGUCCAUCCCGCACGGUCUGCUGUACGUUCCUGGACCUGGAGUGUGCUCCAUAUGCGUCUGUUACCACUCGAAACCCAUGUGGUGUAAGGCGAUAUACUGCGACCCGCCUUAUUUCUGUAAAAACUUCCGCGUGGGUGAUCGCUGCUGUGAGUUCGAAUGUCUGGACCCCCCGGGACAGGACACCAGGUACCGGGAGAGACAGAGGCUGCGGGCGCUGAUCCUGGCCGGGAACUCCUCCGCCUACCAACUCACGAACAUCAACAGCUUCACCAUCAUCGCGGUGGCCGUGGCCAGGCUCGUGUGAACGUAACCCUGGAAGGAGUACAUCAAACCCCUCUGCUCUGAUCAAAGCUACAAGAGUAUCUUCCCAAAAUGUACAUGUAAACUACCUUACUGUCGCCCGUCGACUGCAAACUCAACUUAUAGGUAUACAGUUGAUGUACUUACAAGAACAUCCCUCGCUGUACUAAUACAAAGAAGUUUCACGGUAGUAAGUAAUAAGAGUACUCUAUGAUGGUGCGUAAAUAUUAAACUGGUUAUGAGUCGCGAGUUGACUCGAGAUCAUAUUCUUAUAAUGUUCUGUGAUUUCACAUUAUUCAAGCUUAGUUUUACUAUUUAUAGUUACCAGUAAGUUACAGUAAGUUACAGUGUAAGCGCUAAUCUCUUUUCAUAAACAAUUUUUCCAAUGCCAAAGAACACCAUUUACCUCCCUCUCUCUCUCUUUCUCUCUCUCUCGUAAUAUUUUUAUAAUCACUUUAGUUUUUAUUAAGAUAAUAAUAAAUAAAAUUUAAAUAUUACGUAAUGCUCAUAUUAAAAUAUGUUCAUUUUGAAGUGAAUGAACGAAUGAUUUUUUUUUUCAAUAGAUCCUUAAAUGUCGUACGCUUAAAAAACUGGUCGAUAAGUAAAGAAAAAAAACGAUGUGACAUAUUCUAUACUGUUAGAUAUUUAAGUGACAUUUGCUUUAUCUGUGGAGUUGUGUAAAAGUUUUUGAACCUGUAUGCUAAAUAUUGAGUGGGUUUUCAAUAUAUAAGUUAAGGUUUACAAACCUCGUUCUUCGGAUUUUCAAUAGUUUUAUGAAACCAAAUCGUUGUUUUACUGCAAUUUUACUAAAUUUCAUGUAACCUAUUUAUGUAAAGUAUUUUUUUUUAUAAUUUCCAAUAAGACCAUGGUCUUUUAAGCGUGUGACUUUACUUGAAUAUAAAUAUUAUUCGAAUAGUAAAACUGUAAUAUAAAAAUAUAUUAUUAAACAAAAUAAAUCACGUGGCUGUAUCUAAAUAUAGACUAAUAAUUUAUGGCACAGAUAAUAAUUAGUAAAAAGAUAAUUAAAUAAACCUUCGGACCAAUUUUACGUAAACAAGUAGUAUGUAUGUUGAUUUGAUUAUUUUGUUCACUGUUUAAUGUCUGCCGUCGCGUCCGGUAGAUCGUUUGACACGAUGCAAUCAAAUGAUUUAUUCUCUGUGGUCCACGAAGCGGUACCAAGUGCUCUUUUAUGUAAGUUUAGAAAAAUGAUUUUGCUAUUACGUGAGAAAUGAUAACAUUCUAUCAAAAGAUAAAUUAUAUGCAUAAAGGCACUCGCUAUGUUUAUUCGAAUUUCGAGCGAAACAUACAUCGAGUGUUUAACGAGCAUUAUGAAUUUUAUAAAUCACGUAAAUAUGCAAAUUCUUUACUAAACGGACCAUAUUAUUUUUAUCUUUAAUAUAUAAUCUGUAUGCGUUCAAUAAAGAUGAAAUAAAACAGUGAUAUUAGUAACGAUAUAAUGAUACGAUUGUUAUUCACGUCAUGUAGUUAGACACUUUAAAAUUGUAGCUUUAAAUCUUCAUAUCAUCGGCUAUUAGGGUUUUGCAUAGUGCACGGGACGCGGUGUAGUGCCGGCGAGUUGAUAAUCGAUACAUAUACUAUAUGCUCUGCCGUCAAAUCCGCCUCUCUAGGGCUUUAGUUUUAAAAUAUAUUCAAUAAUCUACGCACUAUUAUAAAAUGACAUAAGUACCUGGUAGUCAUUUAAUUCUAUCGAUAUUGCCUUUUAUGUAGCUGCUAAAUUCACUUAUUCUAAAUGUGUUUAUAUAAUUCCAAAUAAAAAUAUGUUUAUUUAAAGUUUAAACUAUAUUGAAUUUAUUUAUUAGAAUAUUCCGUAGGCAUAAUUCAUAAAUGCAUUACUUCGUAAGCCUGUAUGUUCUCUCCUCCUCUCUCUACUCUUGAUUGCAUGCUGGACUGCUGUUGCCUAUGUUAAAACUAGAAGCGGGUAAUCCCGGGCGUUAUUGAUGAUUCGACCUAGCGCACGGGAACAGCUGAGCCGGAUCCCGCACUAAUUGCCUUCGGAAAAUAAACCAGAGAGACACUUGGGAUCAUUAAGCGCCAGUGUCUCAGACUUUGACACAUCGUUACUGAAAACCAAUGUUUUCUUAAACAGUGAUGUCUUUUUAGUCAAUAGUGACUUUUUGCUUCACUCUGAGAUUUCUGGAAUUAGCAUAAUAUUCUAGUUUGUGGAUUCAUUUAAUUCAAUUUCGACUAGUAACUGACUUGCUCGAUGUGACUCGUAAAAAGUUGUAACACACAUAUCUUCCAUAGUAUUACUAAAUAUUAUUUUUCGUCCAUCCCUACUGCCUGAACACGCAAAAUCCUUACUAGUUUUAUACUCGUAGAACUGUCACAUUAUUUAGUCACUAUAGAAUUCGUGUAACGAAGAUUAAACAUACAUAAUAUUCGGAAAAAAUAAACACGUAGAGGCGUGUAUAUUUAAACUAGCACUUCUAAUUUAUUCAUAAUCCUAUACAUAAAUAAUUCACACGCAAAUAAAUUGACCGCAUUUCGCAAAGUUUUCAAAACUUACAAUUUGAACAACACUAUAUCGAGUGUCAACCAAUAAGAACAAAAGAAAAACGUGUUGCAUAUUACGCUUAAAAAAGAUACACUCUGUCAAACUUACUACUAAUAAAAUCAUAUUUACAAAUUAAACAGAAUAGUUAUAUUUCAUUAUAUAAAAAUUUUAUUUUUUUAUUUUAUAUCUAUUAAAAAUUUAAUGUUAGAAAAUAUUUUAUUUUUAUAAUCGUUAUCCAUAUCAUGUAUUGAGUUAAGUAGUGUAUUGUAUUAAAGGUUAAGUAUAAUCUGUCAAUCGUGUGUUGCCAGUAUGUAUUCUUCCGAUGUCUCAGAUACACUACAGUCCACAGCCUUGAUAUACAAUGUCUUAUGAUUUUGACUAAGGCGAUGGAUAUUUUAUAUAUUUUUUAAAUUAUUUCGUCUUUUGAAACAUACGUGCAAAUAAAUAUUUAGCUCAAAUAAAUAUUAGGCCAAUUAA